AUGGCUACAAAAGAUCAUGUCGCUGGCUAUACAAAGUAUUUUGGGAAUAGAUUUGCAAACUUAUCUCCAGAAGCAACAACAGAGGAGGAGAUCAAAGAUGUGUACAAAGAAUGGGCGAGCAAGUUCGAUGAGGUAAUUCCUUACAGCCAGUAGCUGAGUAGCGAUAUUGUGAGCCAUUUUUUUCAAAGCACAGAACCAAUUUAACCCUUUUACCCCAAACAGUAAACGGUUUCUAAUUUCUCCUUACAGUAUCCCCCUUGAUUCAAAUCUACAUGUCAUGAGAAUAAUGGAGAUGAUCACCAAUAAGAAGCCUGACAGCCAAAAAAUUUCUCCAUGGUAUUACUAUAGGAAAUGUAGAGAGAUCGGCGCGGAGAAAAUGAAUACUUAUGUUAGGGAGUCUCCUUCGAGGAGACUCAGAAAAAUUACUUCAAUGAGAUAUGAAAACUGAACAAGGAAAGAAAAAUAACACAAGAAUGAUGAAGGGUGGUUAAGGUUGGUAAAGUUUAAAGCGAAUUACAUAUGACGAGCUUAAGAAUAAUUUUGCACAAAAGUUAAUGUACAGCUGUUGCUCAUUAAUUCCAGUGCAAGAGGUACGGUUAAUACAUGAGGAUACCACGGGCCUGCGCAUGACUAAUUUAUCCAUGGAACUGCUGAUCGCAGAAUCGGUGAACCUUUCGAAACUGAAGAUCUUGGAACUUGUGAAACCGAGGGAAAUAACUGUUUUUUUUUACUAAGUAGGGCAACAACAAAAUUCUCUAUCUUCCACAAGUUUCGCCGUUCAGCGGUUCGCAAUUCUGUUCAUAAGUCAAACCGCGGGGUCUUUAGUGAUAUAUUUCUCCAGAGAAGAAUGUUCCCUGAACUUAUGCGAUGGUUCAAACACAUACUACGCGCUGAUAUUUUGCGAGUUAGCGAGCAAUGAGCAAAAUUCUCCCGCGUAUUAUCCAUUGCAAGCUAAUUAAUUUCUUUACAGGAAAACUCUAACGCACGGAUCGUCUGCCACAAGCCCCAAGCUGAAUGCUUAGACUUUGCCAUUAAGAAAUACCUGGACAAACCGAAAGAGGAAAUUAAAAUCAUUGAUUGUGGAGCUGGCACGGGCUGGGCUGGUGUCGAGCUCAACAAACUUGGGUACACCAACCUGUGUGCUCUGGACAUUUCACAAGAAAUGUUGGAUGAGGCGAAGAAGAAAAAAAUCUACCAAAAAUUUAUCUGCGCCCCUCUAAAUGACCAGCAAAGUCCUGAGGUUAAAACCGGAGAGUACGACGCCAUGAUUUGCAUUGGUACGCUGGCUUCUGCGCAUGUCAAACCAGCAGCUUUGGUUGAAAUGAUUCGGAUGAUCAGGACUGGUAAGCUUAAAAGUAGUUAGAUAGUCCUACUUCAUAACAUAGUGUGGUCGCUCUGGGAAUGACACUGAUGAGGUAAGAGACGUUUCCCCAAGUUGAACAGACGAAUAUAUUCAAAAUAUAGUCAAAAUUUCUUUCUUCUUUUGGUUUCCAUCGCAGGUGGUCUGGUGAGUUUUAACAUUCGGUAUGGUGAGCUAGAAAUCUACCAACCAAAAAUGGAAGAGCUGGAGAAAGCACGCAGCUGGGAAAAAGUAUCCAAAGAUACAGUGCCUCAGUUUGAUGUAGAUGACAUGCCUCCGACUUCUACUUUCUUUGUUUACAAAGUCUUGAAAUGUUAGUGCUACCACUAACAAGACCACAACGAGGAUGAAGUAGAUGAAUCAAAUCUUUUGAGAAUAAAACACAGGU